AUGGCAACCACCGUAGAUUCAGUUAGGGAAAAAGCCCUUCAAGAUUAUCGAAAAAAACUUAUAGAACAUAAAGAAGUAGAGUCACGUUUAAAGGAAAGUAAGUUAAAUUUAUUAGAUAUAUUGAUCUUAUUCAUUGUAUUCUUAUAAAAAAUUUGUGAUACCUAACCUUGUCUUACAUACAUGAACUAUUAUUAUUAUUAGAAAAAUUAUGUAUGUCUUAAUAAAAUUUUAUUGUAUUUUUAUUUCUCUAGUGAGAGAACAUCUCAAAGAUUUAACAAAGCAAUAUGAUAAAUCUGAAAGUGAUUUAAAAGCAUUACAAAGUGUUGGUCAGGUAUGUUAUAAAUCUUACAUUUAAUUAUUUUUAGUAUUUUUUGUCAAAGAUUUAAUACAUUUAUCCUUUAGAUUGUUGGUGAAGUAUUGAAACAACUUACAGAAGAAAAGUGUAAGUUUAUAAAUAAAAAUAAUGUGUUCAUGUAUAUAUGUAAAUACUUAGAUUUUUAUUCACAGUUAUAGUAAAAGCCACAAAUGGUCCACGUUAUGUUGUUGGGUGUAGACGUCAACUUAAUAAAAAUAAAUUGAAAUCUGGAACAAGAGUAGCUUUGGACAUGACUACUCUUACUAUAAUGCGCUAUUUGCCUCGUGAGGUUGAUCCAUUAGUAUAUAAUAUGUCACAUGAAGAUCCUGGUGAUGUUACAUAUAAUGCUAUUGGUGGUUUAAGUGAACAAAUACGUGAAUUGAGAGAAGUCAUAGAAUUACCACUACUAAAUCCUGAAUUAUUUCAAAGAGUUGGUAUAACCCCUCCAAAAGGAUGUCUUUUAUAUGGCCCACCAGGCACUGGAAAGACAUUAUUGGCUAGAGCAGUUGCUAGUCAAUUAGAUGCAAAUUUCUUAAAAGUUGUAUCAAGCGCUAUUGUUGACAAAUACAUUGGUGAAUCAGCAAGACUAAUUAGAGAAAUGUUCAAUUAUGCACGAGAUCAUCAACCUUGUAUUAUUUUUAUGGAUGAAAUUGAUGCAAUUGGUGGACGUAGAUUUUCAGAAGGUACAAGUGCCGAUCGAGAAAUUCAAAGAACUUUAAUGGAAUUGUUGAAUCAAAUGGAUGGUUUUGAUUCUUUAGGUCAAGUUAAAAUGAUAAUGGCUACAAAUAGACCAGACACUUUAGAUCCAGCUUUAUUACGACCAGGUAGAUUAGAUAGAAAAAUUGAAAUUCCACUACCCAAUGAACAAGCACGAUUAGAAAUUUUAAAGAUUCAUGCUGGACCUAUAUCUAAGCAUGGAGAAAUUGAUUAUGAAGCAGUAGUUAAGCUUUCGGAUGGGUUUAAUGGUGCUGACUUAAGAAAUGUUUGCACUGAAGCAGGACUGUUUGCAAUAAGAUUAGAAAGAGAAUAUGUAAUACAAGAAGAUUUUAUGAAAGCAGUAAGGAAAGUUUCAGAUAAUAAGAAACUUGAAUCUAAAUUGGAUUACAAACCUGUUUAAUUUUCAUAUAUUGAAAUAAAUAUUACAUAUAUUGAUAUAAAAUAUUGAUAUAUUUAUAUAAAAUUUAGUUCGUUUACUAA